UUGUGCGUUGUGAAUGGCAAAUGAGUCAGCUGUUGCGUUUUCAAAGCUAAAAGUGCAUGGGAAGCACAAUCGUAAAUUGUUGAAAAUUAUCUAGUUUGUCGUGUGAUAAAUUCCCACCACCAUUUUGCUGUGUUCCGCCUAAUUGUGCAGUUGUGUGCGAGUGCGCUACCUAAUUAGUUAUUAUACACGAGAAGAUGGGCGACAGUUCGGACGAGGAGAACUUGGGCACCGACUGGUUGCCGUAUAGCGAACGCGAAGAUUGGGCCGAUGUGACACCGCUGCCGCAGGACGAUGGCCCCAAUCCCGUGGUGUCCAUAGCCUACAGUCCCAAGUUUCGUGAGGUGUUUGAUUAUAUGCGAGCGAUUAUCGCCAAAGGCGAAAAGUCGGAACGUGCCUUGAAACUAACGACAGAAGCACUCAACUUGAAUCCGGCCAAUUAUACUGUGUGGCAAUAUAGACGCGAUAUACUGCGGGAACUAGAUGCCGAUUUACAGGAUGAACUGGACUAUCUGGACGAGGUGAUUAGACAGAAUGCCAAAAACUAUCAAGUCUGGCAUCAUAGACGCGUCAUCGUUCAGAUGAUGAACUGCGCUCAAUGGGAGCUCGAGUUGACACAGAAUGCACUAGACAACGAUGGCAAUGCCAAAAACUAUCAUGCCUGGCAGCACCGUCAGUGGGCCAUACGCACCUUUAAUCUUUACGAUGAUGAAUUGGAGUUUGUGAAUCGUUUGAUCAGCGAGGAUCAACGUAAUAAUUCUGCCUGGAAUCAGCGCUUUUUUGUGUUGAAGCAUUUGGGUUUCACACCAGAGGUGAUCGAACGUGAACUUCUAUAUACUAUGAAUCACAUACGUGUGAUCAAAAACAACGAAAGUGCCUGGAACUAUUUGGUGGGCGUGCUGCGUCAGAGUCCAAGUGGAAAGCUUAAUAGCUCCCCUGAAGUGGUGCAGUUUAGCGAGGGUCUCUACACGGCCGGCAAUCGUUCGCCGUAUCUGCUCGCCUUCUUGAUCGAUUUGUAUCAAGAGCAGGCCAGCGAGAACAAUCAGUUGGCACAAAAGGUUUACACGCUGUGUGAGGACAUGGCCAGCAAACAUGAUGUCAUUAGGCGCAAGUACUGGAGCUAUGUGGCCGAGCAUUUGAAGACACAGCUAAGCAAGCCUUCCACAGCGGAAUAGAGUAAUAACUUCGCGCCGCUUAUGCUGAGUUCUAAACAAUGUACGUACCGCAGACCUCGUUUAUAUUGAAAAUACAUACCAUAUUAGACCAUAA